AUAUAUUUAAAAGUUGUUAGUUUCAUCGCAAUGAAUGUAAACAUGUGAUCAUUCGUUCAAAAACAAUAACACACGUGAUCCUAGAUUUUGCAGUCAUCGGGAGAACAAAUCCUUCAUGCAAACUGCACCUACUAUCAAGAAGAAGAAGAUCCUAGAUUUGGGCAUGGUAGAUGAUACAGAAAGCAGUACAAUGUCUGUCACAAAUCCUUUUACUGCGGCAGCAUUAAGACCACAAGUCAGUAGAAUAAAUAUGCCUGGAAGAUCGACCCCAGCCAGCAUACUAGCAGAUUCGUUCUUGGCUCCUGAAAACUAUCUUUACUUACCAGAUGUACCAAGAAUAACUCCGGACAAUAAUGAUGAAGGUCUCCAGACACUAGCAAUUUUAGCUAAAGAGAACCUUCAUCGUGAAUAUUUUAAAAUAAACUCGGCUCUCCAGAAAAAAUGUGAAUAUAUGAAGCGAAGUUUAAAUAUUGAGGACCAAAAUUAUCUGAAGCCUUCAAACAAGAAAGGAAAAGGAGAAAAUUACUGCAGGAUUAUUGAAAUCAAUCAAACACAACGUUCAAACUUAUCAGAAGCCCUUCUGCCUGCUUCUCUUUCACCUCCACACAUUCAAAGUUCUGACUUCUCAACUAGUGUACCAACAUAUACUCAAACAUAUUUACCAGCUGCAGAACAAACACCAAAAUCAUUGAAUUCUGGUACGUCCCUAUUUGAACUAUGUAAUGUAAUAUAAUCUUAGUACCUAGUAUCUACUAUAUAUAUA